ACUGAAGAGAUGGAGGUGCUGAGUGUGCGUGUGCAGCAGGAGACUCAGAAGAAGACUCUGUUUAAGGCAGAUCUCCAUGUACAGAGGCAGGAGAUCAGCACCCUGCGCUCCUCUGAGAAACAGCUCAAACAAGAGCUCAACCAUCUGCUGGAGCUCAAAUUCAGUCUGGAGAAACAAAUCCAGGAACUACGCAGGGAGAGAGAAGAAGCUGACAUACAGCUGAAAGAGCUGAAGGACCAGUUGGAUGCAGAGCAGAACUUCACAAAACUUUAUAAAACUCAAAUUAGAGAGCUGAAGGAGGACGCUGAUGAAAAGGCUAAACUCUACAGUGAUGCUCAGCAUAGAAUAGAGGACCUGCAGGAAGAGAGGGACUCCUUGGCUACCCAGCUGGGGCUGAGCCUGACAAAGGCAGACUCCGAACAGUUGGCGCGCUCCAUCGCUGAGGAGCAAUACUCGGACCUGGAGAAAGAAAAGAUCAUGAAGGAGCUGGAGAUCAAAGACAUGAUUGCCAGACAUCGGCAGGAACUUAGCGAAAAGGACAAUACCAUCAGCUCGCUGGAGGAAUCGAACCGCACACUGACUGUGGAUGUUGGGAACCUGGCUAAUGAGAAAGAAGAGCUCAACCAUCAGCUCAAACACCUACAGCAUAAGCUAGAGAGGCUCAGAGAAGAAGAUAAAAAGACGAAAUCUAUGAUCCUGUCCUUGGAGAAGCAGAUAGAGUCUGAGAGAACCCUCAAGAAUCAGACCAUAAACAAACUGGCAGAGGUAAUGAAGAAGACCGAUGUCAGGCCGCAGAAAGGCAACAUCACUGACAUCCGCAGGAAGGAGAAGGAGAACAGACAACUGCAGUUGCAGCUCCGCAAUGAGAAAGAAAAACUCGACAACUUAAUCAUUAAACACCAGAAAGAAAUCAGUGAAAUGCAGGCUACGUUAGCAGAGGACUCUCAGGUGCGACUGGAGAUGCAGAUGGCCCUGGACAGUAAAGACAGUGAUAUUGAGCGUCUGCGCGGUCAGCUCACUUCUCUCAGCAUUCAUUCUCUGGAAACCCCCAUUAUCAGCAGCAACGAGCUGGAGGGUGAUGACGCGUAUCCAGAUUCUAGUCUUGAGGGAUGGCUCUCACUGCCUACCAGAAAUACCAAACGGUUUGGAUGGGAAAAGAAGUAUGUGGUGGUAAGCAGCAAGAAGAUCCUGUUUUAUGACUCAGAGCAAGACAGAGAGCAGUCCAGCCCAUUCAUGAUUCUGGAUAUAGACAAACUCUUCCAUGUGAGACCUGUCACUCAGACAGAUGUGUACCGCGCAGACCCCAGAGAAAUCCCACGCAUCUUCCAAAUAUUAUAUGCUAAUGAGGGGGAGAGCAAGAAAGACGAGCUUGCUAUGGAACCCUUAUCAGCAGCUGAAAGGUCGUCGGUUAUCCAACACAAAGGUCACGAGUUCGUGAUCACGCUUUACCACUUCCCCUCUAGCUGUGAAGCAUGUCCAAGGCCUCUGUGGAACGUCUUCAAGCCCCCACCUGCCCUGGAGUGCAGGCGCUGCCGAAUCAAAUGCCAUAAAGACCACAUUGAUCGCAAAGAAGAGGUCCUAGCUCCAUGCAAAGUGAACUAUGACAUGUCCACGGCGAAAGAGCUACUGCUGCUGGCCAACUCCACAGGAGAGCAGCAGAAAUGGGUCAGCCGCUUGCUCAAAAGGGUCCCACGGAAACCUAUAGCCCACUCCUCAAGCAUAGCUAUACCUUCUCCCCACUCCGAGGCAGCAUCAAGUGGCCUGUCCCCUCAGCCCUCUCCUCACCUGUCAGCCCAUUCAUCCCCCAGACUUUCACACAGAGGAGCCGUCAAAGUGCAUUCCACCCGACAGCAGCCCUCACCUAAGGCCAGUUAACCUUGGUGAAGGUUGGAUAGAUGAUAAUCCAUCCGGGAACAAUGAAAGCGGAGAAUGUCAUAGUGUUCUUUUUGGUAAAAAAGGCAGGACUUCCAAGUGCCAAACUCCACAAGUAUAAAUGACUGGGGAAAGGGGGUAGGGUCUAAUAUUUAACACAAAACAAGCCAUAAAUCACCUAAAGGGUGUAGUUUCAAUUCUAAGUCAUUUAAGGGUGUUUUAUGUCUUCCUAGAAUAUACAAUUCCUCAAAAAACGUUAAGUAAAAGCAUUUUAAACUUCGAAAGAUAUUUUUGGUUUCCUUGCAAGGUUGUCAGUAAGUGUGACUGUUUACCUGAGUGUGUGUUUGAAACAGAAUAUAUACUUCAGCUCUUCAAUUACACUAUCAUCUGAAUCUAUUUUUGUUAGGAAAAACUGAUAAAUAUUUAGUGACAGAUUAUAUUUUUAUCAUGCAUUAUAUCAAAGAACACUUUUGAAAAAUAUUUUUCAAAGAGCAUUACUUAGUAGUUUUCCAGAACUAUCUGCUCAAAAUAUAUGCAUUAUUGAAGACUGAUACUACAUGAUGCAAGGAUGCAAUAUGGAGCACAUUUAAGCAUUUUAUUAAUUGCUGUGACAAAAAUUUGAUACAACCUGUAUGCACAGUGGAACAUGAAGAUCUCCGGUCCAAACAUUUUCUGUAUUUUAUCAUUUUGCCACUGACAAACUGUUGAAACAUUGUGGAAUUGUUAAUAAAAAAGGUUUAAUUGAUGGAAGACCUGUGACUCCUUAUGUGUGAUGAUCUAAAAAUAGUAUGUGGUGUUAUACAGGAAACACAAAACAUUUUUCUAGGAAGAAGGUUGCAUUAAUGUAAAUGUAAAUAUAGCUUAAUUAGCUAUAAUUAUUCAAUACGAUAUGUUGCCAUUGUCAUUUACAUGCUUUUUGGUGGUUGUUAAUGAUUCAAAAGAAGUGAUAAAUAAAAUCC